AUGCUACAGUAUGCACCAAGAGUGAAUCUCUCGCUUGCUUCUCAUCAGAAACUUCGAGAAGGUGGUUCAGCUUUUCUCGCCUGUAAUGUAGACGCUAAGCCAUUGGAUAAUAUUCGAAUUGCAUGGUAUAAGAAUGGUAAUCAGCUACUUCCGCAUACAACUGAUACGCUUUUUCUCGAAACCUUGAAAAUGGAAGAUCAUCGAACCGAGUACACAUGUCAAGCGACGAACUCCGUCGGGACAAGCCGCUCAUCAAUGUGGAUUGAUGUGUCAUGUUAG